AUGAGGACGCCCGGCUGCUGGCGCUACGGCUGGAAGAUCGAGCCCUCGACAGCUUGCUACAACACGACAGCGCUGUCGUAUUAUAACUACAAGGGCAAGAGGGUCCCCAUGAAGCUCGUCCACAACGCCAGCCCCGGCAUCCAAAUGCUCCUCAAGCACCAUAUGUUUCAAAUGCCGUCCUGGCUGCUUACGACGCCUGCCACCACCGCUACUACGACGCAAUCAAAGCCUACUAAACCCGCCGAGCCGAAACCAACGGAAAGCGACGAUGAUAUCCGGAAGCGACAGUCGCAGCUUGAGAAUUCCGACCGCGAGUUGUACCAAUACCUGCUGCUCGUCCUGAGCUUCGGCGGCGCGUUGGCGAUCGGAGUGGCCUUCCAUGAGCUGGUCACGAGCGGGACAAAACAGUUUAACGUCACCUACGCAUGCCCCGACAUCCCGACGGAGCCGGACUACAUCGUGUUUUGCUACACGGAAUGGGUGAUGGAGCGAAAGGGGCACGAGCAAGCGCGGAUCGAGCCGAUGGGAUGCUGGCAGUACGGCUGGAAGAGGAGUCCCGAAAGGAGAGCCGAGUGCCAAAACCCAGCGACGAUGGCUGAGGGAGAUCUCCAAAAAUGGCCGCAAAAACCGAUAGAGCUGAUCAUGCCGGCCGGGAAGGGCCUAAUCGCACUGGCAGAUGAAUACGUCAAGGAUAUUGGAUGGAAUGGUGAAUAUGUUGGAUUCACGAGGACUGCGACCCGACCUGCCAAUUUUGUAUAUGAUCCGGAACCGACGGAAGACGCCGAUGAUAUCCUGAAGCGACAGUUGCAGCUCGAGCAUGCCGACCGCGAGUUCUACCAAUACGUGCUGAUCUUCUUGAGCGUCGCCGGCGCGGUCGCGAUUAUUGGCGGCGGGAAAUUGUGCAUCUACUUCGAACAGAAGAAACGGAACUUCCCCGAUCGGGAUCCGCCCCCAACUCCGCCGGCCAACCCGACGCCGAACGCGCCCACCAAUCCAGCCACUCCUACCGCGCAGACGACCACAACCACCACGAAUGAACAAAUCGCC